AGGCAGUAUAUAAGAGGCCUCUGCAUAAGGAGACUCCCAAACUCAAGAACCUCACUCUCCCAGAAACCCAACCAGAGCCUCCACCCUCCGACACCAUGGUCAGCUCCUGUUGUGGCCCCAUCUGCUCUGACCAGGGCUGUGGCCUCGGCCUCUGCCAGGGGACCUGCUGCCGCCCCAGCUGCUGCAUCUCCAGCUGCCGCCGCCCCUCCUGCUGGGGCUCCAGCUGCUGCGGCUCCAGCUGCUGCAGGCCCAGCUGCUGCAUCUCCAGCUCCUGCCGCCCCUCCUACUGUGGCUCUAGCUGCGGUGCCUCCAGCUGCUGCAGGCCCAGCUGCUGCAUCUCCAGCUGCUGCCACCCCUCCUGCUGUGGCUCCAGCUGUUGCUGCCCUGGCUGUGGCCUACGUCCAGUCUGUGGCCGGGUCUCCUGCCACACCACUUGCUACCGCCCAACCUGUGUCAUCUCCACCUGCCCGCACCCCACGUGCUGUGCUUCUUCCUGUUGCUGAGUCUCUCCCUAUAAUCUCUGUCCCACUAUGGAUGUUCUCACAAGUCAUCUAAAAUGUGUUGGACCCAGCCAGUGACUGGAGAUGGACCCUUAGCUGCCAGCUCUUCUUCUGAUUUGGCAUCCAGUUCAAGGAAAUGACAGAUGAAACACAUUUGUCAAAUGAUUUUAACUAAGGCCCAGAUGCAUCUAUUUGUAGAACAGCAAUCUCUUCAUCCUAAGUACCCAUUGAUUGUAAUGAUCUCAUAUGACGUUGUUUCCAUAUGUUCUUAAUAAAUAGCUAUUUUCCCUGA